CCUCCUUUUCCGUGUUAACACUUUCUUAACGUGGUCCAAGCUUCUGUUUCUUUUUUUCUUUUGUCCUAGGUUCCCACUUCGCUUAGACCCUAGUCUGGACCACCACCAAAGCCGUACUUUUCUCACAAAAUCAAAAAUUACCUAACGAGCUAGCAAAGCCCACUCAGCAAGCAAAUCCAAACCUUAGAUUUUGACUUGAGGAAAUUUCCAAUUUCGACCACAACCGAAAACACCCAACCCUUCUAUCGUCAUCCGCACUCCACGAACAAACCUCACAUCCCUCAGACAAAAUGACGAAGCGCACAAAGAAGGUCGGCGUUACCGGCAAGUACGGUACCAGAUACGGUGCCUCGCUCCGAAAGCAGGUCAAGAAGAUGGAAAUCACUCAGCACGCCAAGUACACCUGCACCUUCUGCGGAAAGGUCACCGUAAAGCGCCACUCCGUCGGUAUUUGGAACUGCAAGUCGUGUGGAAAGACUGUUGCUGGAGGAGCCUACACUGUCUCGACCGCUGCCGCGGCUGCCAUGCGAUCAACGCUGCGAAGAUUGAGGGAGAUCCAGGAGGUUUAGAUGUGUGGCGAGGGGGAACGGCUAUUUUCUUUGCAUUUGGCUUCGGUGUACAGGAACACGGAAUUUUCUACGCAAAACCAUGAAGGGUCAUGACAACGAUCGAUGAAUCCCUCCCCUCAGUGGGCGUCGGUGAAAUCACCUACGGAUCAUCGGUCAUAACCAAAUGCCAACAAGAAUUACUAUGAACAAAAAAAAACGUCCUGAUUGUCGGAGUCACAUUUCUACAGCUCGGCGUUAUCCAAUAAUGCUCUUAUGUGAAACCUACUUUCCAAUGCCCUGCCUAUGGAUCCAUAACGUCUUAAGCUCUAUUGUCGAAUUUGCGCUUUUCGAGUCAU